AUGGCAGCCCGCAGAGCUUGUGUUUUUGCCAUCUUUGCCCUUUUGGCCAUCUCGAGCACUUUUGCUGAAGAGGAAACUGCCAAGGUUGGUUUUUUUAUGGGGUGCGGGAUUUGUGGGGUGAAAAUGCAUAGGUUAGGUUUUUUGCAAAAAUUUUAGAAAAUUCUGGAUACGUGAUUUCUAAAAUCCUGAGUUCAACCUUAUUUUCCCAAUUCCAAUCAUACGAUCCAAGUUUCUAGAUCUUGCAACUCUAAAAUUCAGUUGAGAAUUUUUAGCUCCUUAGAAAUUUGUGCCACAUUUUUUAAAUGUAUUUAGGCCUGAGCCCAAAUGGGUGCCUAAGCCUAAACCCAGCAAAAAUUCAGGCACUGCUAGAUCUUUUGAUCAAAAUUCCAAAAAUUACUCACUCAAAGAUCAAAAUCUGCCAUCCCCAUCUAUGACACAAUGUUAUUAUUAGCUCCAGGAGCCGCGGGUGCUCGCGCUCUAAACUCCACCACUAUACACAUAAACAAUAUAUAACGCGACUAAUCCUUCAUUGCGAUAUUUGUUUUCUUUGCGCUUUGUUUAUCUCGCCUCAAUUAUGAGCGCGCAAGAGGGCAGCCAACUAAAAUUAGCCGCGCGCACUUGCGCGGACAAAAACAAACACACACACCGCAAAAAAAACAACACUACUUAUCUUUCCAGAACGAGACCGGAAUCGCGUUGUCGCGUGCCAAACGUCAAUGUUGUUCAUCAUCGUCGAGCUCGUGUUGUGGAAGUAGCAACAAUGUUCAAUGCAUUCCAGUCUGUCUUCAACAAUGCCAAUCGUCGUGCCAAACUUCGUCUUGCAUUCAACAAUGUCAACCAGCUUGCCAACAACAAUGUGGAGGAAGUCAAGUAAGUUAGAUAUUAAGAUCUGAGAUCUGUUAAACUUCCACACAUUUUUGGAAUUCGACAGGAAACCUGAUUGAAAAUCUUUGCAGGUAAUCCUUCUCCCACAAACCAGCAGCUGCAACCAAUGCCAAUCCCAAUGUAUCAGCUCAUGCGCCACCCCAAUCUGCGCCCAAUCUUGCUCGAACACCUGUGCUAGCUCAUGCGGAAACUCGGCCCCACAAAUCAUCGUUCUUCCACAACAAAACCAAUGCAGCUCGUGCCAAUCAUCAUGCUCUUCAUCAUGCCCAACCUGCAACUGUCAAUCGGCUUGCGCUCCAGCCUGCGGAAACAAUAACCAACAAAUCAUCGUCGUCCAACAAGACAACUCUUGCUCAUCCAACUGCAACAACCAAUGUUCGUCGUCUUGCUCGACCCCAAUCUGCAUCCAAUCGUGCCAAUCAUCCUGCCAACAAGCUUGUCAACCAACCUGUGUUCCACAAUGUAUGCCAUCCUGCUCAAGCUCUUGCACAUCCAACCAAGCCCCAAUUGUCAUCGUCGCUCAAUCAGGAGACUCGUGCUCGAACUCUUGCUCAAACCAAUGUCAAUCUGCUUGCCCAACACCAAUCUGCGUUCAACAAUGUAACUCACAAUGCCAAUCGCAAUGCAACUCCUGCUCGGGAAGCUCGUGCAACCAACAACAAGUCAUUGUUCUUCAACAACAAGACAGUUGCCAAAACUCAUGCCAAUCAUCAUGCAUGAACACUUGCCAACAAUCCGCCACAAUUCUCCAAUGUCAACCAAUCUGUCAACAAACCUGCCAAUCCACCUGCCAACAAGCCGCCCAAAUCGUCGUUCCAUGUCAAUCCAGCUCCUCUGGAUGUGGAUGCUCAAGCGGAUAUUCACAAUGCGGUGGAUCAUGCUGUCGUCGUCGUUAA